GUAAACAAACAUGGCGGCGCCCGCAGUAACCAUGCUAAGACUACGGACAUGUAUGAUGAUAAGAUCGAACAUCUCAAGAGGAGUUUUUUCGAGAUUUAAUCAAUUAAUAAGUUUUCCACAAAAGGAAAAGUUAGUUCCACCGAUUAUUGAACGUUUCAAUAAGACGGGCUUUAUUAGAUUUUUCUUGCUAUCGAUUCCCGGUUUAAAUAUUGAUGCACCAUCAACUCAAAGUAGUGAAAAUGAAGAAAGGAAAGAACCACAACUUGUUGCUGGGUCCAGUGGCGGAGCCCACAGAUUUAACGCGUCAAAGGUUUCUGUUAUUAUAAUAAUUAGACUAUAAUAUAUUAUAUCCCGGUAAUCUAAAAUGCGGCAUAAUUUUUGAAAACGAAGUGGCUAUUGGCAUUGGCACAUUGACAUGGCUACCAGAAGUGAGAGGAUGGGAGUAAAAAAUGUUUAAAAUAUUAUUGUUGGGUUUGUGAGAUAAAAUUUGGUAUCAAUGAAAGAUAAUUGAAUGGGUUAUAUGUUUGUAAACUUAAUUCUUCAGUUUAAGUUUAACUAAAAUAAACUAACACAAAUGACAUCUGAAUAUCAUUUAGUCAAAAUGAACCGGGGACACACAUUGCUGCUAUUCUAAAAUAAUUUUAAACUGAUUAUCUCUUCCUCUUUUUCUUUUAUUUUAUCGCUUGACUUGAUAAAUUUGUAAGGUUUUGAAUUUGAUUAUAAUUAUUAUCAUUUUAUGGUCUAAGGGAUAUUAAAAUUUAUAGUUUUAUGGGGAUACAUAUUUAGCUUGUUAGAUUUUUUUUUCCUUUCAAGUUGGCUUUUAACUGUGUAGACAUCAGUACUGAUAUUAAUUAUAAUUUUAUCUAGGCAAGGGUCAAGGGUAAUGGAGGGAAGCAAUGCCACCAUCAUAGCAUAGAUGCAAGGUGAAUGUAGUAGCUUUCUUGUGUCCCUCAAGUAUGCAUCAAGUCCCUUUCAUUGUGUAGUCUCAGAUGCUAUGCAUGACAAAAAGUAGCGACUUCACUAAGGCGUGCGCCGGUCGAUUUUUGGGAUGCGAGAAACAGACCAUUAACCGGCGACCGGUUUCACUUGGAGAUCUGGUUUCCUUUGUCUAUAUAAAGAAGAGUCAAUGAACUUAUUGUUGCCUAUUUUGUGCACACGAGGAGAGCGAUCAUCGCGAUCUAAUCUUUUUAAUCAGACUUGCAGCACUUAUAGCAGAUAUCUUUUGUUGAGAAAACAGGUAAGUUUGCUAGCACUAUUUUUCGGAAACCAUAAUCCUGUUGUACUUAAUUUUUUAUGUGUUCGAUGUAUUAACGAUUUAACAAACUGAAACAAGAAACAUAAUGACAUUUAGAUAGGCCGAAAAUUGUAUAGACAGGGUGUAAAGUUGAAAAUAAUUCAUAACCAGUUAUCGAUUAGGCCAAAUGAAGCGGAAGUGAUAACCAUUCUCUGUUGUCACUAUUGUUAUUCUUCUUCUUAUUGCAUAAGAAAUAUUUAAAAUCUAUAUAAAUCCAAUGCUUUUAGAAGCUAUCCAAUUAAUUUAAGUUAUUAAAUUUGUUUGAAUUUCAUGACUGAACACAAAUUUAUGCGUAUUUUAUGAAAUUAUAUAUUUGAUUAGUUUAAAAAUUUAGAAAAAAAAAUUAUGAUCACUAUGAUAGCAAUGUCAAAACUAAAUGAACUUGAGUCAUCUAAAUCUAUGUUGUAAUUGUAAUAAUUAUAUACCUUUACAUCUGGGAAUUAUUUUUUUGUGGAAUAUAUAAAUGAUAAUGCCAUAGGAUAAUGAUAUAAUUUAUCUUAAUAAUUAAUAAAUAAUAGUUAAUAGGCUCGGUAGCUGCUGAACAUCAUGAUCAUCUUUUUCUUUGAGUUUCACAAUUUUAUUUACUUUUGUCUUCUAAACAAUCUGUCCCUCUUUUUUUCUUUUUGCAUACCCUAUUUAAUUUAUUGCCUUCAACUUAAAGCUUUAAUGCUUUAGCUCAACAUAUUAAAUUUGAAACUUUUUUGUAUAACAAAAUUAUUUAUUACCCGUUUCAGCAUUUUCUCUCUUUUAAUUAUACAAGAAUGUCACCCCCACUUUUUGGAGGAGCUUCUAGCACUACCAUUGCUUCAUGCCUGUCCAAUCCAGUGGAUGGGCGAUCUGUAAUAAGGACUAAUAAAGAUUACAAGGCUUAUUUAUGUAAAUUCAUAUCCCAUGACGGAAUAAUGAUCCGUAAUGGAUAUGUGUUACAAACCUGGCUUACGCAUAAUAAAAAUAAUGUUAAAACAUCACACAUGUUACAUCAAAUCUUGACAGCCCGAGGUCAUGAAUGUACAGCCAUAGGGAUAAACUCGGCAUUAGGACGCUUGACUAGAGAAGUUCAAAUAUUUAAGAAGAGCAUCAACAAAUACUGGAAUCGAAUUACUGAAGUUUUUAAUUUACCUUUUAGGAUACCAGUAGUAAAGUCAGUAAAUAAGAUAGAACCAAUACCUGAAGCUUUCACUGUCAUUUCUAAUGAAAAUUAAGAAAGUACUAAAGAAAAGACGGAAAUGAAACUCAAAAGAGACUUUAAUAAGUGCCCAGUAAUAAGAAAAUCAUUUAUGACUACCAUUUCUGAUUUAAAGUCCAAACUUAGAGCCUCAAAAAAUUUAGCAAAAGACAUUUCAAGGCGUUUUGAUGUUAAAAGAGUCAAUUACAAUUUUAAAAGAAAUGCAGCAACAAGGGACAAGUUGAGACAAGAAAAGUUUUCAUUAAGAAAAGAAAAUUUAAAGUUACAGAAAAAGCUCAAUUAUUUAAAAUCUAAAUCAGAUGUUCCCCCUCCUAGAAAAAUUGAGAAAAGAAUUCAAACCAAAAGGAGUGCAAUUUUUUAAAAGAAAAAAUGUUAGAAUUGAAAAAUAUAAUCAAGGAUAAGGAGGAAAGAAUAAAGGAAUUGUACUUGGAAGCUUGCUGUUUGAUGAUUAGGGUAAAAGAAUUGGAGAAGCGGUUCAACACUGCUACAAUUGUAACAACUUUAGGGGAUUCUGAGAUGGAGCACAAGAGAAAACAAUAUAGUGUUCCAAUUCGAAAAUGCAUAUACAUGUGCCUUUUAAACCAAGUUGCUAUAGAGAAGGCUGGACCUAUAUUUGAAUUUGUAGUUAAAGAGCUCUGCCAUCGGACAGUGUCAAGUAUACCUGGACCGUCUACAGCACCUCAAAUGGCUUAUGAGGUGGGAGCUAUUUCAGAUUUGCAGUUAGGGGAGCAUUUAUUCAAUGCGCUAGAUGGCACUGCAACAAUUUCUUGGGAUGCUACAACAAAAGAAAGCUGCCAUGUCAAUGAGUGUCAGAUAGCUGUUGAUGGUCAGCAAUUAAUGAUGAAGCUUUCAUCACUGUCAAGUGGUAAAACAGAAUUAUAUGUUGGGCAAAUUACAACAUCCAUACAGAACCUUGCAACUACUUUUGCUUUGUACAAGAACAUACAACAGCAAAUAAUAAUGCACAAGUUCAGAAAUUGUUUUGCCUCAACACUCACUGACAGGGCAGCAGUAAAUCACUGCGUCAAUCAAGAAUUGUCUGCAUUUUUAAGUACAGAGUUGGUGGAGCUAAACUGCAAUGUGCAUCCCAUUGAAGGUAUAGCUUCCCAAGCUCGAAGAAUCUUGAAGAAAUUGGAUAACGAAUUUAAAGUUAAUAGUGGACUAUUUGGAUCCGAAGGAAGAGCAGCCAAUUUACUCUACUCUUUUCCAAGCUCAGGUGGGUGUUGAACAGUUCAUUUUCUUUAUAAUUUAUAUAUAAAUUAUAUCAAUCACACAUAAACACACAACCACAUCUUUACAGAUUUUUAAAAAAAAUUUGUAAAAUGUAUGCCUAUUAAUUUUCUAAAGGUACAAGAUGAAAUCCGGAGAUCCGGGAGGUUUCAGUGCUUUUUUAAAAUUAAAAAACCUAGCCGCUGGAGUUAUAACAAGAUAUGUGGGGAACAGAAUGCAUGUGCUGUUUCAUCUAGCAGGCACUGUGUAUCAUUUGAGAGACAUUUUAAAAGAAUUUCUGUCAAAAUACAAAGGAGAUGCUAAGAUGUCAGUCGCAAUCCUGAAGGAUUUGGAGAAUCCACAUAGUAUUAUUCAACUCAGAAUACUAGCUAAGUGUAUAAUUCUCCAUGUAUUUUUUAAUAGCGUGUUGUCUUUUUAAAAGUUUUGGAAACUUUUUAAAGAUUCAUACCGGUAAUUUAAUUUUUUGUAUUAAUUUCUUUGCUCAGGUUUGUUUGGAAAAGUGCUGUCAGGACCAUGGAUGACUCUAUUUUACCAGAACAAAGCUGGAAGAGCUCAUCUGGAAAUGGUAAUCUAUUUGUUUGUACCAGCUUCUAGUUGCUAGUCAUACACUGAAUUAGUACCAAUAUUUGCUAAACCUGUGAUUUCUAUACAUUUUAAAUAAAUGGUUUUUUUAGGGACCAUUCAUGAAGGUGUGUCUGGAGCAGUUUGAAGCUACAACCAGACCUUUUGAUAUCAAUGGGAGAGGACUGCUAUGAGGAUAUAACACUAGUCUACAUAACUGAAUUGUUGACAGACAUGCUAUUGGGGGACGUACGAUUUCUGUAGACAAGGAGAAAGCAGUGGUAUUAAAGUAUAAAGUUAAGCAGCCGCUGUGGGAAGUGUAAGUAACUGUCUACAUUAUAAAUAAUUUUAAGACAAGUGAUCUCUUUAUACAUGUAUUCAAUUUUCAUAGAAUUUGUAAACCUUCUAUCAAACAUUUACAGCCAUAAAAUUUACAUUUUUCAGAAAUGACAACACUGGAGGACUACCUUAAUCACCCUUGAGGACUACUGUACCUACACAGGAUAGACAGGAUCAAUAAAAUCAUCAUUGCCUUCAUUAAAUACGGUAAUUUAAAACUAUCACACUGGAAUACACAAUGUUAAAUUUAAAUUAAAUAGUAUUAAAAUUAAAUAAAAAUAAAACAUACUUUUUGUUAAUUAUGUUAAAAUGCAUAUUUUGUGAUUUAAUUAAAUGAAUUUCUAUCUCUAUUUCAGUUUUUGGACUACAAGACCAACAUUGAAUUGCAGGGAGUUUGUGGAACAUAAUGCCUCUCCUGCUUAGAGGUGCUGACUGCCCGGCUGUGCCAAGUAUUGCUUCAACAAAACUUUUGUUGAUAUUUCUCUGGAGUACAGUUGUACUGGUCUUUCCUGUUUUAACUAAGGUCUAUCAGGUAUGACUUAAUGUCCAACUGAACAAUCCACCACAAUAUGGAUGACCACAGCAUAAUCUUUAACAACUAUGGAUAUUAUUCACCAUCAACUGCAUUUAUUUGGCAUUUUGUAUAUGGGUGGCAUCAACAACAUUGACACAAAAGUAAACAAUGUCUGGAAAACCAUUAAUCUUUGUUAUAAACUGAAUCAUUACUAUACCAAAUGGCAUCCACAACUGUUGCAAAUUUGAUCAAGAUUGCCAUGGCCACGGACUCGGUAAACACAUUCUUUUUUACUAUCAUCUUUCCAUGAAAGAAAAUGUAUCACUUUUAUUAAGUCAUUCAAUGAGCUACAAAAGUAAAUAAUAUAGUGUAUAAUAGUGUUAAGUGAUCAUCAUUUGUAAUGUGGAUUUCUUAUAGCACGGAUACUUGGAUUAUUAAUUUCAUGGAUUGGAUCAUCAUAUCGGUAUUUAUCAUUUAUUUGUAAUCAACAUUUUUUUAAUGCAACUUAUUCAUUAUUAUAUAAAUCUAUUCUUUGGAAUUAUUCACUAUAUGAUAGUAUGCUUUAAUUUCAUUAAUUCAAUAAUUUGGAUUGGUAAUAUUUAUGCAAUUUGUAUUUUUAAUUCACAAAAAGAAUAAUUUUUAAAAUUAAAUUUACUUACUCUCCGUUGCUUGGAUCCCACAAAUUAAAUAAAUUUAUUUCAAUAUUAAUAUGAAAUAUACUUAUUAAUACAGUACAAUAACUAAUUAAACUAUUUGAAAGCUUUAACUUAACAAGGGAAAGAGUUAUGGUAUUUUGAGUGUUGAACACAUCAAAUUUUUUAAACAAUAAAUUUACUUACCCUCUGUAGUUCAAAUCCCACGCAUUAAUAAAAUUUAUUAUAAUAUUGCAUAAUAAUUUAUUAUUAAGCCCAAUAUUAAUUAAACUGCGCUGAAAAUUUGAAGGCUUUAACUUUAUAAUUAAAAAAGUUAUGGAAUUUUGAGUAUUGAAAACAGGCGCUACAUUUUCAAUGAAAUUUACGUACCCUCUGUUGCUCAAAUCCCACGCAUUAAUAUAUUUAUUGUAAUAUAUAAUUAAUAAUAAUUUAUUAUUGAAUCCCAAUACUUAAUUGAAAUGCGCUGCAAAUUUCAGAGCUUUAACUUUGCUGACUCAAAAGUUAUCGCGUUUUGAGUGUCAAAGAGGACUAUUUUCGGUCACAGUAUUUUGGAAAUUAUUUACUAAGGCUAUACAAGGAAAAAUUAUGACACUAGAAAUGCAAUGUCUUUUUUUCUAAUUAAGAUAGAAAAAAUAAAUUUGGUAUCAAUGGAAAGGAAAUACUGAGUCCUUUCUAAUGAUAUAAGUUUUAUUAAUAUAUAACAACUUUGAAUUUUUUGGUGAUACAAAAAGAGACACAAAAAUCUGUAUACAUCAUAUAAAUGUGAAAUCUGAUGUCAAUGGGGCAUUACAGUAUGAAAAAAAAAAGGGGGGGGGGGAUUGAAUAUUUCUUAAUCAUUGCAUAUGCUCAUCAAAAUUCUUGUGGGUGCCCCAAAACAAUAACAUAUUUAGUCAUGGGUAAUUCAUUUUAUACCAAGAUGUUAAAGCACCCUGCCGAAUUACUUCAGUUUUUUAAUUUCUGUCUGGAUAUGUCUGGAAUUUUUUUUAAAAUAAAAUCUGUAUACAUCAUAUAAAUGUGAAAUCUGAUGUCAAUGGGGCAUUACAGUAUGAAAAAAAAAAGGGGGGGGGGAUUGAAUAUUUCUUAAUCAUUGCAUAUGCUCAUCAAAAUUCUUGUGGGUGCCCCAAAACAAUAACAUAUUUAGUCAUGGGUAAUGCAUAUUAUACCAAGAUGUUACAGCACCCUGCCGAAUUACUUCAGUUUUUUAAUGUCUGUCUGGAUAUGUCUGGAAUUUUUUUUAAAAACAUGAAAAACUGGAGGAGCAGCCUAUUAGAAAGUCAUAUAGUGGGCUAAUUAAAUUACUGGCAAAGUAAAUGUAAAAUUUACACACUUCACAAGGAAUCACCUCAAAUUAAAGUUAAAUCACUUGUUUUUUGUAAAUUGUAGGCUAUAAUAGGCCAUCUAGAGAGCAUGAAUCUCUUGUCCAUCGCAAAUUAUUGUUCAAGUUCAUUGUGCUGUGUCUAACACCAGUGAAUAAAAUGUCUAAUUUUUAAUAAAAAGUAAAAAUAAUUUAAAUUAUGACUUCUGAUCUGAAUAUGUUUGUUUGUAAGUGCCUAAUUUUUAAGUGAGCAAUAUCAUAUCAUGUGGUAUCCUAAACAGAUUUGAAUUUAGUUUUAGUUUAGUGCAUGUUUUUGACUGGCAUAUGAAUGAACGGCAUUUAAACGAGUAUCCACAUUAAAGAACCUGUCAAAAUAUUUCAAAAUUCUUCCCUAUCCUGAAUUUCUGCCAUCGUGUAAAUCAGUUUUUCGCUGUAUAAUGUUAAGUCAGGGAUUUAUUGACAUAGACAGUGACAAGCAUAUAUUCACAAGAAAACAUCUGGCUACCCGUCCAGAAAUAAAUACCCAUUUGCCGGUCUAAUGCGUACCACAUAAUUUAUUAAGCAAUAAAUUUACAAACCAACAUGUUAAGUCAAUAAUAUUUUGUCUGCAGUUUAUUUACAGUUCUGUCUUUUUACAAAGGGUGUAUGCCCAAGAUAAUUUGGGAGACCCCCCCCCCAUGUUAAAUAAUGAGCAUAGAAUAGACAAAUAGACAGGAUGAUUGAUGCUAUUUUUUUCCUUAUCACAUACUAUUUCUUUCCAUGUUGGCUUUUAAUGAUUUAAUUACUUCCCUUCUGCUAGACCUUUGAACUGGAUGAUCCCAAGCUAAGCAGCUCACAAUGUUUAAAAAAUGCUGUGGGUCUCGCAGUAGAUGCAACUUCAGCAGUGCUGUCACAAAUAGUGUAUCAAUUGAUAGACUCAGAACAGCAGUAUGUUGAGGUUUGUUUAUGUCUAAAUUUAUAUUAGAAAUCUGUUAUUUCCAAAUAUGUGAGGCAGUUAGGUUUAAACAGACACUUAACUAUUAAUCAUCUGCAAAUUUGUAGUCCUAAGCUUGCCGAAAUUUGUUGUACUCUGUGACCUAAAUUUGUUGCCAGUAAAAAACAUAAGUGUCCAUUUAUCAUUGAAAUGAUGCAUUCAACAUUUCAGUUAGUGGAUGUCCUCAUAACCCUUCUGGAAUAUCAGCUAAAGGUUUUAGGCCAUGAAGCAGAAGAGCAGAGAAUGGGGGAUCUUAUUUUGGAAGCCAGGCAUGAAAUCACUGAAGUUCACAAAAGGAAGCAGGUGUGUUUAGCCAACAAAUAGUUAAGUGUUUCAAGAUUUCAGAAAACAAGUUUCGAUAAAAGUCUCUUCAGAUACUAUGCCCGGGUAAUCCUUUCAAAUUCAAAGUCUGCCCUUACAUAUUAUCUUUGCCUUGCGGGUCUCUCAUUAUUCCACCGAUCUUCCCAACUAUGACCAGACAUGAAGAGAGAUAUCAUGAACCACCCUAACAGGUUUUGUAAUCCGCCAGGAAAUGAGGUUUUAAAAAAAUUGAAACUAAAAAAAAUAUGAUUAUGGUAAAGGGAGAAGAUAAUGAACAUAAUUAUAAAGAUGGGCAAGAGGGACUAUGCUCUUUACUGCUUUAUUUCUGCAAUACUCAUUUUUUUUUACAUCAUGUCAAUAAUAUAUGAACAUGGUUAUUUUCUUUAAAAAUGUAAAAAAAAAAUUUCAUUGCAUCUCCACUGUUAUAUUUAUUUGUCAAAUUUAUAAAUUAAAAAAUUAUGAUGAUGAGGGUCUAAAAUUUUACUUUGGAUUGCUCUGACCUUUUGACAACAUUAGACUGAAUUUUUUUUUUUUCAACAUUCAUGUAAUCAUCUAUAUUAAACAAGAUCAGUUCGAAUUGGCAAUGAACUUGUUACGUUUCCUUGCUUAUAAAACUAAGAUGUAAGAGGAUAUCUUCCAGUUUUUUUCCAUGUAGCCUCAAGUCAUUUUAACUGAAAUUCUAAUGAAAACAAAAUCAUUUGUGAGUUUUGACAUCCAAAAUUGCUGAUUAUUCUUAAUGUCAUUUCCAAAUGGCAGGAUCUUUCUCUGAUUUUCUCAAGUGCAGAAAAGCUGGCAGAUGCCACAGCAGAAGUUGCUUAUGCAUCAGGUGAAUUGAUGAUACAAAUUUUAAAUGAUAAUAAAUUAUGAAUGUUUUCCCACGUUUAAAUAAUUAAAAAAAGAGAAAAGGUCUGGAUUAAAUUUAUGUAUGAAAAUUUAGAUUUAUUUAAAAAAUUUUAUACAAUUUAAGAAUAUUGCCCUGUUGCAUUGGUCAUGUGACAAGGUCAUACUCUUCUGCCCCGAUUCUCCAGGGUCAGAGUACGCCUCUGUGAGUUCCAGUGAACGACUCCACAGUGCCCUGUUGGAAGUAAAAAAAAUCAGGCAAAGGUCACAAGAGGCUGAAGGGAGACUCCAUCUGGCUCAAGUCAAGGUCAUUGAAGUGGUUUCAAAAUACGAUGAACAGAGAAAGAAAAUGGAAGCAGAAAAGCCACCAGAGAAGAGUGAAGUUGCGGAAGGAGGGGAUGCUAAGACGGAAGAGAAAUCUUUCUUUAGUUUCUGGGAUAGUGAUAAAAAAUCUCAUGAUAAGGAAGAGUUACAACUGGCUCAGGCCAAGGUCAAUGAAGUGCCUCCAAAUUCGGAGGAACAAAAAGAGAAUACAGAAGAGAGUGCCACACAGGAAGUAGAAAAGAUUGCCACUCAGAAAACAGAAAAGCUUGAUGACUGUGCGAGAGGUGGUGAGGCUAAGACUGAAGAGGAAUCUUUCUUUAAUUUCUGAGAGAGUGAGACAAAACCUUAAAAAAUGUCUAGUGAAAAAGAAGAGCCGUCAAAACAUCACAUAUUUUUUUUACUUAACUACAGGAGCUCCCCAUGCAUAUGCAAGGUAAUGUUUCAGAUCAUAGCAUUAGCAUAAAUUAAACCGCACUCAAGUUUUUCUAAUUUAUUUGACAAAUACAAUAUAACACUAGGAUUAGUGUAACAGAAAAAUGUGUUCAAUUAAUUUUUUGCCUGCAAUCAACCCAGUACUUGCAGCCUUCAUGAGACACUGCAACUCAACUAAUUCAUUUUCAGAAAAUGAUUAAAGAAAUUGUAAAUUUUGGGGCACCUAUGUUCACAGUAAUGGAAAACAUUAUGCUAAAAAAUGCUGCUCGUUGUUGUGUUUUUUCUCUAGGAGCCUUCUGUUCUUCUAUUUGUAUAAGACUUCAUUGAGAUUGUCUUGGAUGCAUUUGCUUAAACUUUUUGAUCAUAGAAAUGCCACCCCUGGCUUUUUAACUGAUGUGUGUGACUAUACACAGGUGUGUUGCAAAAGAUUCAAGGGGUGCAGCAGUGCAUGGAUAUAAAUGGAAACAAGCUGAUGUAAAAAUAAAGGUGUUUUUUUACACAUUAACUACCGGUACAAAGUAAAUCAGACAAGAAAUAUAAUUCAACUAAUCAAAACAAAUUAUCUGCAACUACAAGUACAAGAGCAAUAAUUGGCUUGAACUUGUACAAAAAAGUUCUUCCAUUUUUGGUUUUUUUUUGUGUAUGAUUACUCACAGAAUUUUAGUAGGGAUAAUGCUGGAAUAGACAAAUGUAAAUAAGUUUGAUAGAAACACCUGUUGGCCUGAGCUAUUCCUACUUGUGCCUUAGGGUUGAUGUUCAAGUUUCUCUCAUGAAAGCAAAUUUUAAAAUGAUAUUUUGCUCUUUUAUAGGAGGAUGAAGAUUUAAAAAAAUAUGUAACUAUAAUGCUAUUUCCUCACGAAGCUGAAUUAUUACGACAUCAGUUGAACAUAUUGAAAUGCUCUGUUUCAAAUCAUACUUGUCUUCAGCGUAAUUAAAAUAUUGCAC